GAGAGGACGCGGAGAAGAACGGUCCAGGAGGACCAAAGAUGGAGAGGAACCUUUUCUGGCUGGGCCUUCUUGUGGCCGGACUGGCCGCAGCGGUGGCCACCAAACUGACCUACCAAGAGGCCGCGGAGCUCGCUGUUGACCUUUACAACCGAAACGCCGGCGAAAACGUCACCUUUCUUCUCUCCAAAGUAGUUCUUCUCCCCAAAUGGGAUGCCAAUUCGGCCGAUGCCCAAGAGCUGAACUUCGUCCUAAAAGAGGCGGAUUGCCAGGCGGAAGAGAAGAAGUCCCCGAAACUGGAAGACGAAGAGGAGGAAGAAGAGGAGGAGGAAGAGUGUACCUUCAAAGACAACGGGUUGGUUAAAAAAUGCUUUGGGUUCUGCUUCCUCAAUGAAGAGCCUCCUGCAGCCGUCCUGGUUUGCAGCAUCACCAAUGAAGAGGAAACGACAAAACAGCCCAAGCGGGUGAAGCGGUUCAAGAAGUUCUGGAAGAAGACCCGGCGCCGUCUGCGCAAACCUCUGCAGAAAGCCAUCCGCACUGUCGUCAUACAGAAGGCCAUUGUGGUGGCAGGGAAGCUCCUUCUAUGAGAGACGGAGCGGAAGAGAGAUUGAAAGUGGACUCAAAUAUCCCAAAGGCUUGGAAACUGGCUUGUUGCUACUUGUGUCCAGUUUGAUACUACAUUGGGUGCAUCUACAACAGGCAUGGGCAAUCUUCAGCCUUUUGGGUGUUGUGGACUUCAACUCCCACCAUUCCUAACAGCCUCAGGCCCUUUCCUUUUCACCCCCAGCCGCUUAAGCGGCUGGGGGUGAAAAGGAAGGGGCCUGAGGCUGUUAGGAAUGGUGGGAGUCGAAGUCCAAAACAUCUGGAGAGCUGAAGUUCAAUUCAAGUGGUAUCAAACUGUAUUCAUUCUACGCCGUCGAUAUAACUCUUGCGUCGCACCCAAAUAAGGGUGCACUUUAUAGAUUUGCUAAUUGCUGUUGCAUUUUUUUUUUUUUUGCUAGAUUGACUUUUGAAAACCUAUGUCAAAGGGUAAAGUGUCCAUUUGCUUGAGUGGCUGACCAGCAUCGGGACCCACACCGUGCCAUUCAAUAAAUGGUUGUCUUCAAUCCUUUGUGUCUCAUUCUUGGGCCCCAAAUGCUUCCCCUUCAGAAACCACCUUAUACACAUAAGAUAGACUCUCACUUAUCCAAGCUAAACGGGCCGGCAGAAGCUUGGAUAUGCGAAUAUCUUGGAUAAUAAGGAGGAAUUAAGGAAAAGCCUAUUAAACAUCAAAGAUGGUACAUAACGCCACAGAAAUUGGGUUAUUAUUAUAAGGACAUUAAUACCGCCUGUUGGAAAUGUAAACAGCAUGAAGGAACUUUUUUCCAUAUGUGGUGGUCGUGUGAUAAGGCGAAAAAAUAUUGGAAAACUAUAUAUGAAAGUAUUCAAAAAAAUUUAAAAAUUAACUACCAACUCAAACCAGAACUUUUCCUUCUAGGAAUUACUGAACUGAAGCUAACAGAAAAUGAGGAUUUGUUGAUUAACUAUAUGACGACGGCAGCAAGGAUUACAUAUGCAAAGUAUUGGAGACAGGAGGAAAUACCGGAUGUAGACCAAUGGUUACUCAAAUUAAUGGAAAUUAAAAAUAUGGAUA